AUGUUCAGCAAGAAGAAGAAGAAGCCACUCAUCUCGGCGCCCUCCAACUUUGAGCACCGGGUGCACACGGGUUUUGACCGAAAAGAAGGCAAAUUCGUCGGCCUACCUCCGCAAUGGCUUUCGCUAAUUCAGGGCUCUGGUGGCGGUGGCGGCAACCGACCGAAGCCCAUCGUCGACCCUUCAAAUAUUACUCCGACAGAGAUCAUGGACAUCAAGAGUCACACUAUCGUCCGCGGACAGAGCAACUCAGCCAUGAACACCUCCUCCUCUUCAGCGGUAAAGUUCGCCUCCAGUAUCCUCAACUCCAGCGAGUCGGGCCACCUCGACCCGGCGGUCAUGGCCAGCCGUAAUCUGGUGACGCGGUCCAACUCGCUGCGAAGAGUGGAGACACCGCCAAAUGGCUCCUCUUCAGGCGCUGGCGUUCCACUCCAACUGCAGGGCAACAACAACAGUCUCAACAACAACCAUCACCACCUCCACCAACAGCAGCUCAUUCGCAACAGCAUUCACCAGAACACAAUGUUCAACAAUCAGCAGCAACAGCAGCAGCACCAAAUACUAGGUAGCCGGCUUUCUGCUAACGAAGCCGCCGACGUGGCCAACGGCAACUUCAUUGUAAAUACGACAUCGCACACCAAUGCCAAGUUUAUGCAAGCAGCAGCAGCUCCUAACCACCACAGUCCCAGUCACCACACUCCUUCUUCAGCCGCCGCCAACAGCAGCAGCAACCUGAACCAUGCCAACAUGCUCCAGCAGCAGCAGCAGCUAGCCCAGCAGGCGAUGCUCAUGCACCAGCAGAACUUCCAAGCGCCCCAAAUAAUGCCAAACAGUCGAGCCCACCUGCAGCAGCAGCCACAUCCGGGACAGAUGCCACCGCCCAAAGUCAACAAUCUGGUGGCGAACAAUUCGGCGAGCAUGGUGCCGCCCUCACCACAGCACACGAUGGUGCAGCAGCAGCAGCAGCCACAGCAGUUUGGCGGCAAGGCUCGCUUUGCAAUGUUGCCUCAGCCACAGCAACCGCAGUUUGUCAGCAACAGCAGUCUUCAGCAGCAGCAGCAGCAUAACUUUUCAUCGGCGGCCACUGUCAACGGCGGCAGCGGCGGCCACCACCUUGUCAACCAUCAACACCAGCACUCUAAUUUACCUCAGCAACAACAGGCAGGAAUGCCGCCGCAACAGCAGCAGCAACAGAAAGCACAAAUUCAGCCUCAAAUAUCACCCGCCAGCUAUACGCAGCAACAGCAGGCAGUGUCCAGCUCUGUUGGCCCGUCAGCUACCACCACCACUCAAUACUCAGGCAGCAAUCAGCAGCAGCAAAUGAUGGAGCUAAGCGCCGUUGACCAGUUGAAUAAUAACCACCACCAUCCGAACCACGUCCAUAAUCCUAAUCAACACCAGCAGCAGCAGCAGCCGAUGAUGAGCAGCAAACAGGGCAGCAGCACCAAUCAGUACUUGAGCCAGGUGAACGCCAACUUUGGCAGUCUGUCUAUCAGGCCGCCCUUGUCGCAGCCGAUGGCGAAUGGAGGAGGGCAGGUGCAGCAAAUGCAGCAGCAACAGCCACAGCAGCAGCCAUCAGUGAACAACAGCAACGGUAAUGGCUACAAUACGAGCGGUUCGACGACGUCAUCACACCAGUCAUCGCCGUCAUCGGUGAUCAAUGUAAAGCAGCAGCAACAACAGCAGCAGCUAGCGAAUGGAGCACUUGGCAGUUCGCUGAACAACAACAACUUUAGCAAUGGAAACUCUCCCUCCAAAAGUGCCACGGCUCUGAACACUAAUGGCAACCAGAACACGAUGCAACAGCCUUCGAUGACGACCACUCAGGCACCUCCUCCUCCUCCUCAGGUUCCUCCUCACGGGCAGCAACAACAGCAGCAACAGCAGCAGGCUCGAGUAACACAUGAACAGUUUCGAGCCGCCCUGCAAAUGGUCGUCAACCCAGGUGAUCCGAGAGCCUUUCUCGACAACUUCCUGAAGAUUGGCGAGGGCUCGACGGGCAUCGUCUGCAUCGCCUACGACGGCAACACCCAGCGCCAGGUGGCGGUGAAGAAGAUGGACCUGCGGAAGCAGCAGCGCCGGGAGCUGCUCUUCAACGAGGUGGUCAUCAUGCGCGACCACCACCACCCGAACAUCGUCGAGAUGUACAACUCCUUCCUGGUGGAGGACGAGCUCUGGGUGGUCAUGGAGUUCCUCCAGGGCGGCGCACUGACGGACAUUGUCACCCAUGCGAGAAUGGACGAGGAGCAGAUUGCGACCGUGUGCAAGCAGUGUCUGAAGGCGCUCGCCUACCUCCACUCGCAGGGCGUCAUUCACCGAGACAUCAAGAGUGACUCCAUUCUGCUCGCCAGUGAUGGCAGGGUCAAACUGUCCGACUUUGGCUUCUGCGCCCAGGUCUCCAAUGAGCUGCCAAAGAGAAAGUCCCUCGUGGGGACGCCCUACUGGAUGGCACCGGAAGUCAUCUCCCGCCUGCCGUACGGCCCCGAGGUGGACAUCUGGUCGCUGGGCAUCAUGGUCAUCGAGAUGGUCGACGGCGAGCCGCCCUUCUUCAAUGAGCCGCCGCUGCAGGCGAUGCGCCGCAUCCGCGACAUGCCCCCGCCGAAGCUGAAGAACGCCGCCAAGGUCAGCCCCAAUCUGCUCGCCUUCCUCGAGAAGAUGCUCGUCCGCGACCCGGGCAAACGGGCCACCGCCGCCGAGCUCCUCCAGCAUCCCUUCCUCAGACUGGCCGGUCCGCCCCGGCUCCUCGUCCCGCUCAUGAGGACUGCCGGAUGA